AUGGGACUGGCCUGUGAAAGCGUCGUUGCCGCCCCAGCACCAGAUUUCGCCAACUACCCCUACGAUACCGCGUUCAAUCUCGUUGUGUUCAAUGCAUUCACAGAUUAUUGGGGAAUCAACACCUUUAAAGCCAUCAAAAAAUUGCUUGCAAAUCACACGGAGUUCUACCAAGAUGCAACCACCCAGAAUGUAGUUGUGAACACUGUAAAUAACUGGAACGACAUUGACCUCGACGAACAUGCUGCAUUCACUUCGAAGGACUACAAUGUUGCCGCGAUCAGGACCCAACGCUAUUCCUGUUUCUCCUACAAUGGAUUCUAUCAAAGCCUGACGAAAAUGAUCAUUGACAAAAAGCUGCAAAAGACGACGAUCAAUGUUGUCAGCCAGAAUCCGCCACGCUGGGAAGAGUCGGACGAUUAUCGAGAAUUGAUCUAUCGCGCUAACGCUCAUCAAAUCAAUUUCAUCAUGGUCGAAGACAGCAUCUUUACUCGCUGCGACUAUUUUAAUACGACAUUAGCCGCCGCUGGAAUUUGGCCACUUACCAGACAUACUCAAGGACAUAUGGCAUUGGUUAGAUAUGAUGAGAGUGACGAUACUACGCUCCUCGAAAACCUUUUCCGCCUUGGAACUGGAUAUGAGUUGGUGUCCCAGGCGGCCAGUGAAGAUUGUGGAAUGAAGAACUUCACCCUCGACUUGGACUCGCUAGGAAGCCUCACGGUGCUAACCGUCGUCCAGACCGGAGAACCGACUAAGUCUUUAACCGAUUUAUCUGUGAAUAUCACCGGCCCUGCUCUCAUUUCGACUUCCAAGUCAUUUUAUGGAGAUCUGCAGUUUUUGGAAGUGGAGAGCAUCAACCACAGCAUGGAUGUUGAUGUCCAAUACAAUAAUAUGGGUACAAAGACCUGCGUGGUCAAAACUUAUGUGAAGUCCCCGGAAAGAGUAUUUGCCACUUUCAUCGAAGAUUCUUCCUUGGACAGCGGCACUCCUGUACUCAGUUCGAAUCAACUGGCUUUCGUUGCGCUUCACAAGGGGCGCUCGGACCGACUGAAGACUACACCUGUCAAUAUGAAUAUUUCAACCAUUUCAUCAUCGGAUGGAACUAAGGUGGAUUUGGGCACGAACGGAAUCCGGGCAAGUAAUUUCGAGUGGCUUACAACGAGCCCAUUGAAAUGCGAUGUAGCUGCACGCUGGAAUUGGAUCCAGGCAUCAUUCACUAUCGGGCGGGGAAAUUUCAUCAGAUCAUUCCCGUUUCUAUGCUAUCCUGCGAUUACACCAACCCCAGCCCCGAGUUCUGCCUUCUGGGAUGUGGGAGAAGAAGAAGAAAUGGAGUCGCACAUUGUACAUAGUGAAGCUGCAGAUCCUACCUGCUUGGCCAAGCCGGAACAACUAGCUUUCAAUAACUUAUUUGUUUUUGGCGUUUCGAAUACGGAAAGCGAAAAUUUCGUCCUUGAUCCGGCAACUCUUUUGAACAAUCUCAACAUUAAUUCCACUUCGAAAGUUAUUUUGGCUAACUGGGAUCGAACCACGCCGGCGCUCAUUAGCAACAAAAUGGACGUGAGCAAUGCCCCGGCAGAUUUUUAUCAAAAUUACUCGAUAGACGCUGACAAGCGCAUAGACGAUGCUGCCGAAACUAGACUUUUUGCGACACUGUUACAGGAAUUGGUUACAACAAUUGGCACCGCAGAAGAAAACGCAUUUUUGACACUGCUGAUCGGUGACAGACUUCCGCCCAAGGAUGCUUUCUUGGAGUUUAAAAAGACUGCAACUUUUGCCACAUUAGUCAAUCAGGGACAUCGAGUCUUUGCGUUUAUGCGGACUUCAGUCGUUGACGGAGAAAAAUACAAUUCUCGUGAUACUGACCCACUAAACAGCCUCACCGCAACCACGAACGGUCACUUCAUUACAAUUGACGAAGGUGCCUAUAACGUCAGAGAUUCGUCGUUCGGGAAGCUGAUAACGUGGCUUAACAACAAUUUGCUUAACUCCCGACUUUUAUUGACGAGCAACACCCCGACGCUGGGUGCGAUUUCACUGCCGGCAUUGACGCUAUCCUCGAACGUAUCAGUUUUUGUCACCGCCACCGCUCCAGUGUACAAGAAUGGCGAAUACGAGUGCUCGAGUAUGGGAUUGCGCAUUGCAGAGAAUCAAGCGAUCGGGCUGACAAGAAUGGAUGGAACCAACUUCUGGAUGGGCAAUGGCUCUAUUUUGAGUGGCACAUACCCGGUUUGUUAUUGGACUGAUUGUAUGGUGCCAUUGAACAUUAGAAUAUGGACGACCGCGGUCCCUGCUUCGUUGCAGUUUGCUGGCUUUGGGGGGCCAAUCCUUACGCCAAACAUUGAUGACGGCUACACAGCACGCCUGGCUGUCGGCUUUGCCAAUCCGGAUCAGGCCUCUGUCUCCAUAGUCCAAUGCAAUAAUCAACCAGGAACACUCCUAGGACGCCAACAAGAUGCCGUGAACCAGGAUGCAUCGAUCAAAGAUGGAGCAAAUUGCACCAACGCUCGAUUUUACCCAUUCUUCUGCGAAACUGUCCUAAAGGAUGGGUGUUCACCAGAUUUUGACGGAAUUUACUACGCUCAGUUUGCUGUAAAAACGGCUGAUGGAAAUGCAGCGCACUUUACGAGACCGUUUGUGUGUCGCGAUUUCAAAAAUGAGACGGCUGCUCCCGGAUGCAACCAGACGGAUGGUGACGGAAAUAUCUAUUGCUCAUCGAACAACCCCACAGGACCUUAUUAUCGAGGGCGACAAGGGAAAGUGGUUGACUGUUUGAAAAACGGGUACAAUAUCUGGCGGGACGAUACGUAUCCUUGCGAAUGCAGCGGUGCUAGCGGUGAAUCCUGUGAAAACGGUUCGUUCCUCGUCAUUACUUCAGCAAUAACCGCAUGGCAACCACUCGGUAAAACUCCGGAAAAAGGGUUGACGCUCGUUUAUUAUUAUGUGGACUCUUCGCAAACCGGCGGCAAUUCUAACAAUCGCACAACUGCGGUUUCGACAAACAGUACUUUGAACGAUUUCUAUAAGCAAUUGCAGUUGUCGAACCAACAGUUUCGGGAUAUCCUUUACAGCGGAAAACCAGUAUCGUUGGCUUAUCAAGACAGCUUGAGGGAAGGUGCGCAGGCUACUUUCUUGGCUGAAGCUGGCGAUAUUUUGGCCUGGAGCGCUCCGGCCUCCUACCAGCUCAAAAUUUUUUCGAAACUUUGUACUGGCGAUGAGGUGAACACUCCUGCAGAGACAAACGCAUUCUAUAAAUUUGACAUCUCGGAGAAAUAUUGCGUCAGGGCGGCAACAAAGGAUCUCACCUCAUUGGUUCUGCUUUCCUCCGAAGCCCAUGGUUUCAAGGCGGGAUUUGUGAAAACAUGGAAUGACGAUUAUAUCAAUGCCGUUGCCACCACCGGGACAACACAUGGUCCCUCAUUGAUGGUGACACUCGAUCGACCAUACACUUUCACAAAUACGGACCCGACAGCCCGGAAUUCAAAGCGACAGAACUGUACAUCGAAAACUGUGACUUAUUCGUUGAAACAACUGACUUCGACUGGAUACAGCAAUAUUUUGCUAAAUAUCCUAGACGGUGAUGGCAACCAGAUGGCUCAACGAUUUGUGCCAUUUGCAGUGACUGAUCAGAUUGAUUGUGGAAAAGGAACCUUCGAUUCUAGUACGGGAGGUUGUAUAUGCCCACCUGAUCAGACCGGAGUGGACUGUUCACUACCUGCAUGCGAAAAUGGAAAACCAGGGACCUGGGGAACCACUUGCAAUUGCGAUGGCAUGAGGACUGAUUGUACGACACCCUGGAACGUCCUCGGCGAUCCCACAAAAACUGAACGAUGGAAC